AACAAAAUUGCAUUGGGCCUCGAGGUUUUUGGUCAAGCUCCAACCCAACCCAACCCAAAAACCUCCCUUCCUUUUUAACUCCGAAAUUUUCCACUCUUAAACCCUCUCUCUGGCACAGAGACAACACUCUCCAAUGGCGACCACGUCUCGCUCACUGUACCGUACACUGCGCCUGCGGUCCUUCUCCACAAGUACGAAGCCGUCGCACCACAACAGCCACCAGCAGAAUCACCAGUACACAGAUCCCAAUUCCUUCAUUGGGUGCUGGGAGGCCCCCAAGGACCCCAAGGAGGCCGAGGCCAAGCUUGCGCAGCUCCGCAGAGACUACGCCAAGCAGGUCAAGGAGGUCCGCAAGGAGUACAUCCAGGAGGUCGAGCUCAUGAGGCUCGAGAAGCUUCGCAUGGACGAGGCUCGUAAAGAAGCCCUUAGGCUCCAAAAUGAGGAACGUAAGAGACUCAAGGCUGAGGCUGCUAAGGUCCGUGCCCAACAGCGUGAGGUUGCUGAGCAGGAGUUCCGCCAGACCCUGUUAAAAGAAAGAGCAGAGAAGCUUGAGAAUUGGAAGAUGAAGGAAAAAAUGAGAGAAGAGAAGAAAAAAGAGAAGAAUGAACUGUUGCGACGUCAGAGUUCCUUGUGGAUCAAUGAACCAGAACUGGAAAAGAAGAUUUUAGAAGCCAUCGUUGAUACUACACCCCUUUGAGUCCAUUUUAUUUCCAAAUUGUCUAGUGGUGAUAUCUUACAGUUUCACCGUAUAGACAAGAUAAUCAGGACUUAGUAUGUUUUGUACCCAGUCUUUAUGUUUUCUAUUUUCUUUUCAUCAUCCACUAAUUUCCCAACCACAUUCCUUUUCCUUCUUCGUAUUUUAAUAAGAUCUGUAUACUUUCUAAUCAGGGCAUGGUAUAUUUUG